AUGGAAGAAAAAUCAGAAGCACUCUCGAACAGGAUAGCAGAAAUUAAAUUGAGACGAAUUCAAGAAUUCAAUUCAAGGUUGAAGGAAGCAUUAUUGCGUGAGAGAAUACCUGCUUCGAAUGCAUCAUUAUUGUACGUAUUUAUAUCACUGUUUAAUAAUUCAGAAGUAAGAACUAACCAUUAGAAUAACGAAUUACGUUCAGGAUACACCUGACUAUAUAAUUCCAAGUCUUUGGAAGUUGCCACCUGAGCAGAAUAAAUUCAAACAGUACGAAAGGUUUAAAAAGCUGAGAAAUGCUAAUUCUGAUACUUCAAACUGUUGUACAAUAGUUUAA